AUCAGACACCAGGCAAAAUAUCAAAGGCAAAAAAAAAAGGAGAGACGAGAAAGAAAGAACGAAUCACCGAUCAGAGAGAUCCGAGAAUCAGAACGCAACAGAUCGAUCCAAAAUGGCUCCAUUCAGUGGCGAUGAAACUGCUCCCUUCUUCGGCUUCCUCGGUGCCGCCGCGGCUCUCGUUUUCUCCUGUAUGGGAGCGGCUUAUGGCACGGCGAAGAGUGGCGUCGGAGUCGCAUCGAUGGGAGUGAUGAGACCGGAACUUGUUAUGAAAUCGAUCGUUCCGGUUGUUAUGGCUGGUGUGUUAGGUAUCUACGGUUUGAUUAUUGCGGUUAUCAUCAGUACUGGAAUUAAUCCUAAGGCGAAAUCUUAUUAUCUGUUUGAUGGUUAUGCGCAUCUCUCUUCUGGUCUUGCUUGUGGUCUGGCCGGUCUUUCUGCUGGUAUGGCCAUCGGUAUCGUCGGUGAUGCUGGUGUUAGAGCAAAUGCUCAACAGCCAAAGCUUUUCGUUGGAAUGAUUCUUAUCCUCAUUUUCGCUGAGGCACUGGCUUUGUACGGACUCAUUGUUGGCAUCAUCCUCUCUUCCCGCGCUGGCCAAUCCAGGGCCGAGUAAUUUCAUAUUUCUCAUUGGCUGUGGUUUGCAGAGCCACAGAUUGUGAAUUUCACUGUGGAGUUGGUUUUGGUAAUGUUAGUACACUGGUUGCUGGUUUUCAUUAUUCAAGUUAUUCUAUUUAUUUAUGUACUCUUCAUAAAAUGGAGGUUAUCUAGGACCAAGAAUAAAGCUUUUCUCCUUGCAUUAUUAGUUUUUAAUAUGCUCAGUUAAUGGAUCAGAGAUCUAUAUACUUAGACAGAUGUUUGGUUUGAUUCCAAUAACUUAUUAAGUAUGGUUUUGUACUCUUCAUUUCAUUUAUAUUGUUUUAUUCAAUA